UUUUCUGCAGAUAAUAAGUAAAGUGAUAUAGUUACUAUGUGAUACUCGGCUAUGGUGAGCAACAUUGGCCCUGCAGCCUCAGCAGGGAUGUUUGCCGGAUGACAGGUGGCUCAUCUCUCAGCAAAAAACUGUCAAAACAAACUGUCCGAAGCCCUUUGACCUGCUACAAAGUCCAUAAAUCCAUUAAACAAACACAUUUCUCAUACAUUCCAGGAACAAAUGCAGUAAUGAGUAUUUAAUGAAAACGUUUUGUCAGUCUUGGUCCGUUUGACUAAUGAGCCUAUAAGCUUAAACACACACAAACGCACACUGCAGCAUGGAGACAUCACUGGUCUGGAGUUAUUCCACUGAAAUCACCUAUGGACUCGUUCAGACAUGACUUUUUUAUAACCCUCCAUUAAAAUAUGAAACACCACACUGUCGCAUGUGGAUAAGGAAUGGCAAGUCUCCCGAACCAUGCCAGGCCAAAUCGACGCCCCUUCGCCGUCUACCGGACCAGCGGAUGACAAGUCCCAGCAGUCUUUACGCACGGAGAGCGCACGGAGAGUUUUGCGAGCGCGCAUGGGGGUUGCUCCCUUUCAAGGCUGUCCGUGGCCUCCUCGCCCCGGCGGGCAGCUCCCAGACGACUCUGCCAAGCCUCCCCGAUCCGCACCGUUUCCCUCUCUCUACCUUUCCUGUGAAGAAACAACCGGGCGUUACGUCAGAAAGUGCAGGGCAAGCAAGACUGAGUCUCAGGAGCUAUUCGUAUACGCACUGCUGCCAAACCCGGCUCGGGGCUGCUCCCGAGCUCAGUGCAGCCAAUGCAAUUUACAAAUCCAAACUCUUUUAGAACUGCAGCAGUAUGUGGUCUCUGUUGCUGGCACAAUUGCGCAAAAAGAAAAACCCAACAGUCUAACCGGUGCAAAGAUACAAACGCAGGGCUGGUUUACCCCGUAGCCUCACUGCAACAACAAAAAACAACAAAAAAAACCCAUGACAUGAUGAAGAAGCAGCAGAGCUUUUCGACGCACACAUUUUUCUGCAGCAUUUUUUGUGUUUGAUUCUUUGCUGAUCUAAAAAAAAAAAACAACAACAAAAAAAAACAUGCCCCACGCUCGCAAUAGGAACCCUAGCCCCAUCCCAGAGGUAACAUGGGACACAGGAUUGAAGGAGAUGAACGAGACGUGGAAGGGAGCUAUCGCCUGCCUCGGGGUGGCCGUCUUCUUCGUCAUGACCAUCGGGAUCAUAUACUGGCAAGUGGUGGACCAGCCCAACAAGAACUGGAUCCUCAGGGGCACUUUCAGCGGACUGAUCUGGGAGAGGAGGACCCACUCGCUGGUCAUCCAGACCCUGGCCGAGGACAAGACCUUUGUGGAGAUAGACGUGGGGAACGUGGGGAACCCCGACGUCGAGGUUCCCUUCGUGAGGAACCUGUGCUGGCUGAACAAGACGGAGUUCUGCUACACGUGGGACUCGCUGGCCGAGGUGAAGAUCUCGCUGGAGGUGAACGAGGAGACGGAGACGGAGUGCUACGGCAUGACCUGGGCGCCGGUGCAUUGUCACGUGCAGCUGAAGGACUGCUUCUCCAUGACCAAUGUGUCCUGGUACGGCGGAGCCAGUGUCCGGGGUCAGACAUGGCCCAUCAAUGAUCAAAAUGCAACGAUGCAGCCCUUCGUCGUCAGCGACCUCAAGGACAACCCCUCAGGCUUCGGCUCUGCCCUGGAACGCUACUUCCUGGGCUCGUCAGGUGUCGCGGUUCUCGUGUCGCCCGACACCCCCCUGCAGCUCGGGCUGGACAGCAGGCAGCAGUUCUGCCUGCAGUCGCUGCCCAGUAUGGAGCGUGUCCCGCUGCAGUACACCGUGUGCGUGGCCCGCAACGUGAAGGCCGCUCACCAGGACGCCGCGCAGACACUCUCCCCGCCCGGCAGGGAGCUGCCCAACAUGAAAGCGCUGUGGCUGCCCUUCUGGAAGCUGCUCACCAACGUGGAUUCGGGCCCGAAGGUGGAGAGGGAGCUGAGGAUCUUCUCCAAUCGUCUGAGGAGACACCAGCUGGGGGAGGGAGUCAUCAGCCUCAGUGAACAUUCCACCACCCUCCUCUCUGAUAUGGACCACGACUACCUCAACGUCAGGAAAAGGGGGAUGUCCAAGAGACUGACCAGGGACCUCCCGCUUGUCAAGCUUCUUAACAUUUCCAUCACCCUGUCCCCUUUCCUGGGCGUGGACACCGCGCAGUUCCACACCUCGCUCACGGACGGCACCGAGGCCCACUGGCUCGGCCUCCCCUCGGGCCCCCGCGGUCAGCUGAUCCCUGUGAUGAGCCAGUGGCGGGGAAAGUUCUGCGUGAAGCUGAACAUCACCAACCCGGCAGCGGUGAGCUGGUUCCUGGACAGAGUGGGGUCCCUGCAGGCCCAUCUGGGGAUGGAGUACAUCGUGCUGGAGGGCGCUGAGGGGAAUCUGUUCCAGGAGCAAGACCUGCGGCCGCCGCAGGAUCUGGGCGGAGACAAGUACAUCCGCCUGCUCGCCGACCUGGCCACGAGGAUAGGAGACUCCACCAUCAUGACGGCGGCGACGGGGUCGAGCCACAAGCCACUGUUUGUGCGGAUGACCUCCCUGCGGUCCGACUGGAGCCUGAUGGGCCUGAAGGGCAUCAUUCCCUCCCUGCUGCACCACACUCUGCUGGGAUACAACUUCCUCAUUCCUGAUGCAGUAGGUGGCUCUCUGUCCGGAGACCUGGUCACGGACGAGGAGUUGUUCAUCCGUUGGUUGGAAAUUGCAGCCUUCCUCCCUGUCAUCAGCUUCCACACUCCCCCCUGGGUCUGCGGGGAGGACCGGGUGCUAAACCUCACUCGCGUCUACGUGGCAAAGCACCAGAGGGACGUGGUGCCGCUGAUAGAAGAGUACGCAGAGGAGUGGCGGUCGACGGGGAACCCCAUCUACCGGCCGAUGUGGUGGCUCAGUCCCAGUGACCCCGUGACCUUCACCAUCGAUGACCAGUUCCUCAUAGGAGACAAGGUCCUGGUGGCGCCGGUGGUGGAGAAGGGGGCGGCGCAGAGGGAUAUUUAUUUACCUGACGGGGGCUUCCAGUGGCAGGACAGCCGGAACGCGCAGGUGUUCGACGGGGGGACGUUCCUACAGGACUAUCCCGUGCCCUUGGAGGAGGUGGCCGUUUUCGUCCGGAGGAGCUGAGUCGCGGGGAGGAUCCGGCGGAGUCGCCUGACUUAUCCUGUUACGGUUUUGAAAUUCUCAAACAGAACAACAACAAACAAAAAAUAACUUGUGCUGUUCCCAACUUGCACUUUUCCACUAAAGACCAUUGACCCUGUCUCAAGGCUCCUGUCUCGAGAUGACACGUAGAAAGAUUUCUUUUUAUACUUGCACUUUACAGUUCAAUAUGAUUUGUAUCUUUUUUUUUUGUUUCCUUUGUGACAGUUUUUCUUCUUCCUUUUUUAAAAAAAAAACGUUAAUUGGUUUUUACCUCUCGGCUGAUUUAUCUCUGGACUUUUUUUUUUUGGUGUGUAUGUAACUUCUGUGUUUACAUACUGCAAUUCUACAGUCUUUAAUUUUUUGUUGUUCUCGCUGCUGGCUCUCUUGAUACGGAGGAACAAAGCAAGCGCCUUGUUUGCUUCAAAAGAAUCUGAAUCUCUCGAGAAGACCAAAUGAAGAAAUAGAAAGGACAGAGGACGAUGCUCGAAGGGACUCACCGGGAUGCAAAUUGGCUCACAGCAGACCGACGCACCCGGGGUACCGUGUGGCUUGCUCGCUCAUUGGAAAAGGCCUUUACUUGAACUGAUGUUUUUAUGAAUGUACCUCAAGCUGUGGUUUCCUCACUGCCUUGCAGAGUCCUCAGACACAACCAUCUGCCACCACCCCGUAGCAGCACUUAUUCUUUGAGUAGUGUAACUGAAAUUUAAAAAAUCAACAUACCACUCUGUCGGACACGUCUGAAUGUCCUUUAGUACUGUAGGCCACAUGCACCUGAGGCCAAGCUGAACUGUCAUUGUAACUCUGACUAUAUUUGAAUUUGCAUAUUCUUACUAACCUGCUGUAGUAAUGGCUUCUUAAAUGAGCUGCUCGUCUUUCUUUUCUUCUUUUUUUAAAAAAAAACAACUAUCUGAUGUCGCGUCGAUAUGCUCUUUCACUAGUGCCAAGUGCAGCGCUAAAGAAAGCCUCGUCGACAACCCCCACGGAUGUGGAAGAAGGAUAUUUAAAAUAAGUAGUGUGACUCCUUAUAGGCUUAUUUUGCUUUGGUGCAGAGAGUUAGUUGAGACGCUCCCACCACGUCCGUACACUCAAUAUGAAGCUGCCAUUGCUCAGCGUAAAGACUGGACAUAGAGGGAACAGUCAUCCUGAUCCCAAUCUGACAAAAUCCAAACCAUCAUUACCAUUUAAAUUGUCCUGUCUGGUUCAUCUAAGCAAAGUGUAAAAACAAAAACAAAUCGGUUAAAUGAGUUAACGCGUUCUUUGUGGCGUUAUGUGCGGGACCACUUCUCGGACAGAAAUAUUUUCCCCUCCAUUUUAAAUGCUAAGCUUACGGUCUCCGGUCUGACAGGAGUGAGGGUGGUAUCACACUUCUCAUCUAACUCGUGACAGAAAAGGCGAAUAAGUGUAUUUCUUAAAAUGUCGAACUAGUCCUCCGUUAGGAGGAUAGCAUGGAGGAAAGAAAACGAUGCUCUGUGCACAGUUAGUUGAGUGGCAGUGCUUCUCUGUGUCCAUCUUGUUCCUCACAACACAAUCUUAACCGGCCGGCAGUGAAAAAAUCAUUCAGACUGCAAACGUAUCACGUAGCGAACGCUUUACCACUAAAUUGACUGUGUAACUCUGAUCUAACACGUUUACUGUAACCGACUUCAACACUCAGGUCUACCGAAGCUUAUCAAAGUCACCAAAUGUCUUAGUACAACGCGGUAUGUUGUGAACACAUCAACGUCUUAAUCCCUCUGAAACGCUGAAUGUACAAUGGACAAACUGUGAUUUCCCCACCGUGCCCCCUUUUUUUUCCUAGUUUCCCGUUCUGAUGCUUUUUAUGGAAUGCUGUGGUAUAUAUUCGUGUAUGAGUGGCAGGAAAAAUCCCUCGCCCUCUCCUGCGGACGGAGGGAACCUGACGCCACGUGCCUUAAUAUGCCACUUCUUAAAUCUGGACAGUAACACAAGUGCGUCUGGAUUUAUUGCAGAAUCAGCAAUGUACAUAUUACGAUGACUGUGCCAUUACAAGUGUUUUUAUCUCUCUCUCUCUCUCUCUCUCUCUCUCUCUCUCUCGUGUAAAUCAGAGAACUUAGUAUGACAAAGUUGCAAUAAAGUUUACAUUUUCUUA